AUUUUUUAAGACGGCACUGCUGUUAACAGACCCAGAAGGACUCACUUAGGUUCUUCAAUGUAUAUUCCUCAGACUGCUGGUCCUCUGCAGCUUCCUCAGCUCGUUAACAAGUUCCUCAACAACGAGGAGAUGCUGCCUUACAGUUUCUAUGUAUCAGACGAAGAGCUUCUUGUACCUGUUGGAACUUACUUGGAGAAAAACAAAAUGUCUGUGGAGAAGGUUUUGUCUACAGUCUAUCAACAACAAGCUGUGUUCCGUAUUCGUCCGGUUAACCGUUGCUCACAAACUAUUGCUGGUCACGCGGAAGCUGUUCUUUGUGUUUCGUUUAGUCCUGUCGGUAAGCAGUUAGCAAGGGCUCAGGUGAUACUACUGUCCGGCUUUUGCGAUCUCAACACUGAAACUCCCUUGUUUACUUGCAAAGGACACAAGAAUUGGGUUCUCUCAAUUGCUUGGUCUCCGGAUGGUAAGCAUCUCGUGAGUGGUAGUAAAUCAGGUGAACUCUGUUGUUGGAAUCCUAAGAAAGGAGAACUAGACGGCAAUCCUCUCACAUGAAUGUACCGUAUAUGUUUUGGUUUCUCACUAAAUUAAUUACCUUUUUUUUUUCUUAGGGUCACAAGAAAUGGAUCACUGGUAUCUCGUGGGAACCAGUCCACCUUAGUUCUCCAUGCCGUCGAUUUGUGACUUCUAGCAAAGAUGGUGAUGCAACGAUUUGGGAUCGUUUGAUAGUCAGUUAGGUUAUGGAACGGAGUCACAGGACAAUUCGUUACAGCUUUCCGGGGCCAUGUUGGGCCUGUUUAUCAAGUCAGUUGGUCUGCAGACAGUAGAUUGCUUUUGAGUGGCAGUAAAGACUCUACUCUCAAGGCAAAAAACCCUUGGCAUUCCUGCUCUUUACUGGAUAUGCUCCUCAGAUUCUUAAUCAGAAAGUUUGUUACUCUCACACACAGAUUUGGGAGAUCAGGACGAAAACGUUAAAACAAGAUCUUCCUGGUCAUGCAGACGAGGUUUUCGCGGUGGAUUGGAGUCCAGAUGGUGAGAAAGUAGUCUCUGGUGGUAAAGAUAGAGUUUUGAAGCUAUGGAAAGGUUAAAGAAAAAAAAGAGCAUUAUGGACCAUUUUUAAAUAUAAGAUGUUUUGGAGAUUUUUCUUUGUUUUAAAAUUUAUGAUGUUCACAUUUUAAUGCAAAAUUUAAAUUUAGUAAA